CUGCAUCAGGUCAAAGUUGACGUCGGCCAUGUGUGUAUGUUGCCGCAUCCGACAGAGGGCUGUUAGCUAGGUUACAGCUACCUUUCUGCACUACAUUCAUUAACAUAUAAGAGCAUAGUCAGUAAAAUUUGAGUUAAACGACCGACUUCCGUUUUUUCAGAGGGUUGCAUGUCUCGUCAGCGGAGGGAUAAAGUUCGUUUUGUGUGAACACCGGGCUGUGCUCCGCGUUAGCCUCCGUGACGGAUCAGAUGAUACGCCGGGAUGCAUCCUUGAGCUGCAUGAAGUUGUCAUGACGGCAUAGCGAGACAUGAUUAAAACCCGACCACUGCUGAGUGCCUUAAUCAACCAGAUACUGGCGUUAGAGAGAAACGGUGGCUUUUCAAGGUUCCUGUGCAGGAUGACUGAAGCAGCCGGAGAUGAUGGGCAGACAGCCAAGCAGCUGAAAAGAGCCAAUGAGGAAAAUGAAGACUCUGCUGAGAAGGUUCAGGCUGCCAAAAGGAUAAAAGCAGAGGGGGAACACGCUGAAGAUGAAAAGAAAUAUCCCAAAAAGAAAGUGGUCCUCCUCAUGGCGUACUCUGGAAAGGGAUACUAUGGCAUGCAGAGAAAUCCUAGCGCUUCUCAGUUUAGGACCAUUGAAGAUGAUCUGGUCGCUGCACUUAUUAAAUCUGGUUGCAUUCCGGAAAACCACGGCAAGGACAUGAAGAAGGCGUCUUUCCAAAGAUGUGCCAGAACAGAUAAGGGUGUGUCUGCAGCUGGCCAGGUGGUGUCUCUAAAGGUGUGGAUGAUUGAAGACAUCAUGGAGAAAAUCAAUGAGCACCUGCCACCACAGAUCAGGGUGCUCGGUCUUAAACGGGUCACCCAGAGUUUCAAUUCCAAAAACAACUGUGACGGUCGUACAUACUCCUACAUGCUUCCAACAAUGGCCUUUGCCCCUAAAGACACUGAUCCUGGGAACAUAGCAGCCUUUCGCCUUGAGCCAGACACACUUAAGCAGCUGAACCAUCUGUUUUCGCUCUACAAAGGCACCCACAACUUCCACAACUUCACUUCUCAGAAGGCUCCGAGCGACCCCAGCGCCCGCCGCUACAUUAUGGAAAUGUCCUGCGGGGAGCCUUUCAUCUGCAGCAACAUUGAGUUUGCUGUGAUAACGGUGCAAGGCCAGAGCUUCAUGAUGCACCAGAUCCGCAAGAUGAUUGGCCUGGUGAUCGCCGUGAUGAAGGGCUACGCAAAGGAGGACGUGAUCGGGCGGAGCUGGGGACAGGAGAAGGUGGACGUACCCAAAGCUCCAGGACUGGGCCUGGUCUUGGAAAGGGUUCACUUCGACCGGUACAACAAACGCUUCGGAGGUGACGGGCUGCACGAACGGCUGGAAUGGGAGAGUGAAGAGGAGGCGAUCCAGGCCUUCAAGGAGGCCCACAUCUACCCCACCAUUGUUGAGACAGAGCGUGAGGAGGGCUCCAUGGUCAGCUGGAUGGCCACGCUUCCUAGCCAUCACUUUGAAGCCACGGCUGUUUACACACGAGACAACAAGAAUCAGAAACGGGACAAUGCAGACGAAGGAAAUGUCUCCGAUUAGGUCACCCUGUCUGCAGAAAGAAGACAUUUUCUCACCAAAACAUUCUCCCUCAUUUUUGGGAAAAAGCAUUCUUCUUAGUUCAUUUUACAAGACUUGAUCUCUUUUUAAAUAGUAUUAAAUUCUGCUUCUCUUAUACAAAUCUUAUUAAACAAACAAGAGAAAUAAUAAAAGCCUCUGUUCUUUACUUUA